AAUUGAAUUCGCAGAGCCUACUCACUCUAUGCAAACUAUGGAAUCUAGCUCUGCCCCAACCACAACCUGACAGUCAUGCCGCCACGGUUAGCCCUCACGGGCGCCGCCCGCAGCCUACGCAGGCAAGCCGGGGCUUCUGUACCGUCCGUCUGCCUCUUCUGCUCCCUCGCCCCGCGCCGACCGAGCCCCAGGGCGGGCGUCUGGCCACGACAGCGACGGCCACCGUCCCGGCCGCUCACCACGACACCACCACGGGCAGAGCCGGCCACCACCACGGCGUCUCCGCAGCCCACAACCACCGAAAACCCCCGCAGGAAGCUGGAGGAUGCUCUGCUGCAGCUCCAGAGGCAUGCGCCCGGCUACGUCAACCUGCCCCGCACCCAGCUGGCGCUACAGGGCCUGCGCCAGGAUGCUGGCAGAGAGUCGGUGCGCCUGGCCAUGCUGGGCCUGGGUGGUGGCGGCGGCGGCGGCGGCGGUACAGCCAGGGGCCUACUCCAGGCCGUGCUCGCCGACCCGCUGUCGCCCGAGCAGGAGUGGGAACGGAGGCUGGCCGGCCACGACGACAGCCGGCCGCUGCUGAUCCGGAUCCGGCCCGAGCCGCAGGCGCACGAGGAGCAACCCGUCUCGAGCUUCGUGUCGCCCACCGCGCCGGCGGAGAGCCCGGCGCUGGACGAACUGUCCGUGUCCUCGCCCACGCUAAACGGACACGGCAUCGAGAUCCUGUUGACGGGCAACAUCGGCCCGAUGGGACUUGGGCAGGGUAGUGGGGCCGUCGCGGCGGCGCUGGAGGAGGCGGUUCUAACGCCCGCGAUCGACAUGCCGACGUCCAACACCGGCGGAGCAACGCAGAUGGCCACUCCCGUCCACAAGGCGCUGGUGGUGGGCCAUGGAAUACUGGGCGCCACGCAGGUCUCGGCCAUGCCCGUGUCGGACAGCACCGACACAAUAGCGGCCGCGGUCGACCUCAAGGGCGUCACGGACGACGACGCCGCCGGCUACCCGUUCGUCAGGGUCGACGUCGAGGGCGGCAAGCACGCCAUCGCGCUGUUCCGGCAGGACGUCGCGAACGCGAUCAAGUACGAGACGCUGUGGUUCCAGAGCAACAUCAACAGGGUCAAAGACUGGCUCCUGGCCGGGGCGCUGUCGUCGGACGGCGGGGCGGCCGCGACCAAGCCGGCUGUGCGCCAGCUCGUCGCCUCGGUCCUUCGGGGUGCGCUCGCGGCGGUGCGGGCCGGCGAGGCCAGGGGCGCGUCGGCGGCUGUGGACCGCAGGGCCGCCGCCACCGACGCAGACGCGGCGCUGUCGCGCUGGGCCGAGGCGGCGCACGCCGAGCUGGAGGGCCAGCUGGACCUCGCGUUCGCGGGCCACCGCUGGCGCAAGCUCGGCUGGUGGAAGCUCUUCUGGCGCGUCGAUGACGUGGGCAUGAUCUCAGCCGACAUGAUCGCGCAGCAGUUUCUGCCCGCAGCCGAGCGCGACCUCAUCUACCUCGCCGGGCGCAUCAGCGGCGCGGGGCUCGCCGCCGGCAAGGCUCCCGAGUACCCCGCCCCGGCCGCGGUGCCGGCGGCGGCGGACACGACGACCCCGGCGGAAGAGCCCGCAACGGCUGCUGAUGUUGCUGCUCCCGCGAGCACCCUCUGGCCGACGCACAUCCCGCACACGCGGCGGUACCUGCUCAACAAGAGCGUGCCAGCGCUGCAGGCCCUGGCGCAGAAGUUGGUGCUGCAGGCGCUCAGCACGUCGACGCUGACGACGUCGCUCGGCGUCCUGGCCUACAUGUCGGCCCUCGGCGGCGCGUACGAGGCCGGCGCCGUCGCCGCCCUGGGAACCGUGUGGAGCCUGCGGCGCAUGCAGCGGAGCUGGGAGGCGGCGAGGGCCUACUGGGAGGGGCAGGUCCGCGAGGAGGGCCGCAAGGCCGUCAGGGCCGUCGAGGCUAGCGUCGAGGAGGUAUUGUUGAGGACCGCGGCCGAGGACGGCGCGGACCACGGCGGCGACGCUGCGCGCGAGCUCGCCAGGGCCAGGGAGCUGGUCGGCCGGGCCGAGGAGGCGCUCGCGGAGCUCAAGUAGACGAGAGGAAUGCGUUUUUCUCUGGCAACCUGUACUAUAGAAAGAAAAAAAAGCAAAGCGGUGUAUCUUACGGCAUGGCGAUUCGGGUUUCAGUCCUUCUUGCAUCAGGUUGCUUCGCCUCCAAAAUGAGAUCUAGGUUGAGGGUAUCAGGCAUAUCGCCCCAGCUCUACUUCGUUCCGCGCAAACCAGAAACGCCAUUGGGGGGGAUCGUCUAUGUUUUUGUCGCAGAAACAGAGAAACUGGCAUAAAGUGACGUGUCC